AUGCUGAUGGACAAAAAUGGAUCUUGGCUCUCUAAUUUCUCCUCUGCUGCCUCCUCCUUUGUGAAAGGAGAUGGCAGCUUGGCAGGGCUUGGCCUCCAGGAGGUGGUCAUUGGGCUGAUACUAACCCUCAUUGACUUGAUCACGCUCCUGGGAAAUACAGUAGUCUUCAUCUGCCCGGUGGUGGAGAAGCGGCUGCGCACCGUCACCUAUAUGUUUAUCAUGUCCUUAGCCAUGGCAGAUUUCCUUGUAGCUUGUCUGGUCAUGCCCUUCAGUAUCAUUUACGAGGUGACGGGGAUGUGGUUGUUUGGGAAGCUGUUCUGCAAAGUCUGGAUCUCCUUUGACGUCAUGUUCUGCACUGCUUCCAUCGUCACGUUGUGCUUCAUUAGCCUGGACAGAUACUGCUCCGUGGUGACCCCAUACCAUUAUUCAAGGAGGAUGUCCCGUGGCAGAUGCAUUGUGAUGACCUGCAUGGUCUGGGUAUACUCCUCCCUCAUUUCUUUCCUUCCCGUCAUGCAAGGCUGGAACGAGAUCCCCGGCGUGGACUUUGAUGCAGGCAGAGAAUGCAUCUUCGUCACCAACUGGAUUUUUGCCAUUGUGGCUUCUGCUCUGGCAUUUUUUGUCCCCUUCAUGGUCAUGUGCAGCAUGUACUUCUUCAUCUACCGAGCUUCACGGCUCAAGGCCACUCGUAUCAUGUCUCAGACCCUGGAUAUUCACUACCACCCCAACAGCAAGCGGCAGAACCAUCUGCAGCUGGAGAACAAGGCCACGCGGACCAUCAGCAUCAUCAUUUCAUUCAUGUACUUCUUCAUCUACCGAGCUUCACGGCUCAAGGCCACUCGUAUCAUGUCUCAGACCCUGGAUAUUCACUACCACCCCAACAGCAAGCGGCAGAACCAUCUGCAGCUGGAGAACAAGGCCACGCGGACCAUCAGCAUCAUCAUUUCGUUUCUUUGUCCUGAAUGGUAUUGCAACUCCACCAUCAACCCAAUGCUCUAUGCUUUCCUGAACCGGGACUUCCAACGGGCCCUGAAGAAGCUGCUCAUUUGCAGGCACAGGUCUCAGGUGGACAUUGGAGAGGACAUAGUUUCCAUAGCCACCUUUUCCAAGACUGCUCCAGACCUAGAAUAUAGCAUUACAGUGCCGGUGCCCAACGGUGUCCUGAAGGGCAAACCCAAGUAA